AUGGGCGCUGAAGAGGAAGGCAGAACAGAGCUUGUGUUCAGGGCACAAGUGGAUCAGAGGAAACAAGAUCGGCAAAGGAGGCUUCGGCUCUGUGUUUGUUGCUUCAAGAGACCCUACAUCCAUAUCGACCAUAUGCCUGAGGCCAUGGCGGUAAAAUCGGCCAAGAUGAGAGACUCAGAGUCUAUUCAAUACGAGCUUCAGGUUUAUAGGGACUUGAACAAUCAUGGUGGUCGUUGCCCCUUCAUUAUUGAGCAUUAUGGCGAAGAGGUAACAUGGAGUGAUGAGGGUGAAGAGGUUUACAACUUGGCGUUGGAAGUUGCAUGGGGAAGUCUUGCAAGGCUGAUAAAGCCACAGAAUAUUCUUGUUGUGGAAAAUGAAGAUGAUAAUGUCUAUAGGUUGGUGGCCAAAGUGGCUGAUUUGGGGUUGGCUAAGAAGAAGGAUGAGGUUCAAGAAAGGUGGAGAGGCACACCUAUGUACUUGUCUCCGGAGACUAUACUCUAUAAUGAACAAGAGGAGCCAAGUGAUAUUUGGGCCUUGGGGUGCAUUAUUCUUGAGAUGCUCACCGGAGAGUGCCCUCGAAACCAUUUUUACUAUCAUAAGAGUAACACCCUCUAUGUUGUUGAUGGAAUGGUGCCUAAAAUCCCGGAUACAAUCUCAAGUCUUGCAAGGGAUUUCCUAGGUUGUUGCCUAGCUGAGGAAGGGUCCACUGCCGAAGAGAUUCUGUCUCAUCCCUUUGUAGCAGAUGGUGUUAGUUACUGA